AUGACUGGCAUGCUGUCCCCAAUCUAGGCUCCAGACAGGUAUGCGCGGUGCCUUUGGAAAGCCCCAGGGCACAGUGGCCAGGGUCCACAUUGGCCAGGUCAUAAUGUCCAUCCGCACCAAGCUGCAGAACAAGGAGCAUGUGAUUGAGGCCCUCCGCAGGGCCAAGUUCAAGUUCCCUGGCCGCCAGAAGAUCCACAUCUCCAAGAAGUGGGGAUUUACUAAGUUUAAUGCAGAUGAAUUUGAAAACAUGGUGGCAGAAAAGCGGCUCAUCCCAGAUGGCUGUGGGGUCAAGUACAUCCCUAAUCGUGGCCCCCUGGACAAAUGGCGAGCCCUGCACUCGUGAGAGCCUUGGCGCUGCCCCCUGCCUACCCAUGCCCACCAAUAAACUCUACUUUCUUGUCAAAAAAAAAAAA